CUGUGGGUGAUUGAUACUCCUUAUUUCUUCCAUUCACCAUCUCAGUUUCGAUGUCCUGCUACACCGACACGGUUCUCAUUCCAGCAGGACGAGGUAUCCGCUGGUUUGUCCCGCCUUAAACGUCGUGACUCAAGGAGCUUCACUUUCCUCGUCUCGGGAGCAACGAGGUCUAACGUGUUCACUCGGAGCAAGACGACUUAUUUCACUUCAUGCAUUCUCUUAACUUAGCGUUAUUAUCAUUAAUUACAUUACAAUUCACAAGACGAUUUAAUGGCUCAUAAUUAUUAUACACAUUAGAGAUCACUCCAUUAAGAUCUGAGACCGAUGAGUGAUGAUUAAACCAAGGGUAAUUUUCCUCGGGACACAGUCCAGGACGACGCGUCAGUCACCCACGGUCCUACCCUUAUUCACUCAAUUACCACUCUAUUACCGUGGUCCCGUAAAUCACGUUCCCUCACUCUCCACCAGGAACAGUUACGACACUUCCUAUUACGAAAUGAGGCCUAUAUUAAUCCUUAGGCCGCCGUGAAUGCCAAUUUCGUGGUUCCAUGCUUUUUCCCCGCUUCCUCUCCACCUUCAAAACAAACCCGCCACUCUCCCCCGCACAUCCGCGCAUGCGCCAAGGGAAUUCUUGGUUCUACCCUAUUUUCAAAUACAUUUUUGACUCAUAUCGGCACAUAAAACACCUAUUAGGCGCUAUAGUUUCGGAAAAUUAAAAAUUUUCCACAGGUAUCUUUAUUAAGGAAUAUUUAAAAUUUUAAAAAAUGAAACGUUUCGCCACACAGUAGCUUCAUCAGUCCAUACAAAGGAGAAUCUUGAAAAACAGGAGUAGAAUGAGAUAUCUUAAUAAAGAUACCCAAGAGUUGCACAUGUGUCUAAUUUAUCAAUAAUAAUUCUGCCCUACACUUUACAUGGUUUACACAAGACGACUUAUUCCCCUGAAUUCUUAUUCUUUCUCUUAUCUCAUUUUCUUUAUACACAGGAAUUAUGCUUGUUUUCUGCCCAUUCUUAGGCACCUUACAUUUUUUCAUGCAAAAGUAUACAACAAUACUGAACAAAUACACCAAUCUCUCCAAAAUUAUAUCCCCACCUGCUUUUAACAUUUGUAUUAAUUUUCAUUCCCUGGGCGUGUAUGACCCCCAAUGGGUUUACCCUUCUGCUUAAAUAUAACAGAUAACAAUGGAACAUGUGUUCCCCACAGGUGUUGAGUGAAGCAGGUGUUUGGCAAAGAAUGACAGUCACUCGGUUACUUUCCACCUCUUCUAACACCACACCACCAAACUCCUUCAAUUUGGUGUAUUAUAUUGAGUGUAUAUUAUGUUAUUUAGGCCCUAAAUUUGGUUAUUUACAAUAGGUGAGGCACAUAUAUGAAGUAUAAAUAAUUAUGUUGAACCCUUGAACUUGUAAGUUGAAUCCUCGGACUUUAAAAAUGAAACCUUGAACUGAAGUUGAAAUACAGUGCGAGGUACUGAAAAAUGGUAGGUGAGCGAGGGUUGGGAGUCGCCUACUACUUGGUGGUGGCCACAGUACUUGGUAACAUCGUGUAUGUGAGGUAUGUACGAGAGGACACCCCAGCCGCACCCCAGCACCACCACAACCUGCUGAACAACCCCCAAGAGACGUACAAGCGACCCCAAGAAGCCGCCAACAACAAACAUUCUCAAACUAUCAAGCACACGCACCGACCUACCUACACCAGAAAGCGUGCCCCAGCCAUCAAACAUAUUAUGUACCCCCUUAUCUUCGUGGGCGGACACCCUCGCUCAGGCACCACGCUCCUGCGCUCCAUGUUGGACGCGCAUGGUGACAUACACUGCGGGGAGGAGACGCACAUUGUCCCCAGAGUGGCUAUGUUCUGGCACUCACUGACCAACACAUCCGGGAACCACCACCGUAUGUCUCAAGCCGGUUUCACCCUAGAGGUAAUGGAUCGAGCAGUGGCCAAAUUCUUGCUGAGGGUGAUCAUUAAGGACGGUUCCGGGGCCACCAGACUGUGUAACAAAGAUCCUUUCGUCAUGCUCACCGCCGUCUACCUCCACCGCCUCUUCCCCAAAUCCAAGUUUAUUUUCGUCAUCCGCGACGGACGAGCAGUCAUCCAUUCCGUCAUCAGCAGAGGGGUGAGCAUCAUGGGUUUCAACGCAGCGUCAGAGGAGGAGAGCUUGAGGACAUGGAGCGUGGCCACCUCCAGUAUGUACCAGCAGUGUGAACAGUUGGGUCCCACCUCGUGCCUUCCAGUUUUCUAUGAGCAACUUAUCAUCCACCCUAGGCAGGUGAUGAGAGCUGUCCUGAAGUUCCUAGACCUACCAUGGCGCGCAAGUGUCCUCCAACACCAGAAAUUCAUCGGUAGGGAAAAUGGAAGAAUCUCACUAAAUCCGCUGGAGAAAUCAACAAGCCAAGUACAGCAGGCCAGGUACACGGAGGCCCUCACUUCCUGGGUGGGACGUCUUCCCUUUCACUUCCUGCAAGAUAUGAACGUCUUGGCUCCCAUGCUCGCCGUCCUGGGCUACGAUCCUCACGCCAACCCUCCACAGUACCAUAAAUUGACCUACACCUGGGGUCAAAAGCCCCUAAAUAUGACUUCCGCCGAUCGUCACUCCGUCAGGAGGUUUUUCAGCGCCCUGUACCACAGAGCAAAUGCCAACACAAAACUGAUUCACUAACGAGCAGCCUUUUUCCAGCAGUGACAAAUCAGCCAGGAUAUGAUGUCUAUAUGGUCUGAGGGCUAUAAGUAGCAAUAGCUUGAUUGAUCAGACGGUCACAGGUCGGGCUGCGGGAAUAGAAUUUGACACUUGUGAUGAAUGGUUUGAAAAACAGACAAGUUGAAGAUUGAGACACGUAUGCAACAUAUGGGAAUCUUUAUUCAGGAAACGUUUCGCCACACAGUGGCUUCAUCAGUCCAAUACAAAGUAGAAAGGCGUAAGGAGAGGAGGAGUUUGAGGUAAUCAGUCCCUCAGCCUGGAGUCGAUGUGUUCAGUCCAUCAGUCUUGUAGAAUGUACAGCAUAGGGCCGUAGACGUGGCUUAUAUACUGUAGUGAGGUGAGGCGAAGCAGGAGGUGGGGGUCAUAAUGGUACCAUCCAUUAGUCGAAGUAGGUCUUCGUCCAAAGGCUGGACAAGUGUUGAAGAAUUCUUUGUAACAAGAUCCCAUGAUGCUGCAGUGUCUGACAGUUGUGAUGAAUGGUUUGAAAAACCGACAAGUUGAAGAUUGAGACACGUAUGCAACAUAUGGGAAUCUUUAUUCAGGAAACGAUGGUACCCCACCUCCUCCUGCUUCGUCUCAC